AGAACUUUCUCUUUUUUUAAAGGUGCUGUUGAAGACGAUGGCUGCUCAGGUGGAGGUCCAGCCCGGGGAGGUAGGGAGGACAGUGGUGGGAGGACGGCUUCACCUGAGUCCCCUGACUGACUCCAGCAAUAGCCUCAUCGAGAUCAACCAGUCCCACAUCAUCACCCCAGAACCUAACAAACCUGUGCCGGGCCCCAAACCUCGGCUCACUCCCAAACCUUUUGCUGUGGAGAGAAACACCACCAUUAAGCCCAUAGUCGCCCCGAAGCCCCACACCAAGCCCCGACCGGAGUCCACUCGCCUUGUCGGAUACACACCAGAGCCUCUGUGCAGUCCGAAACCGCAGCAGCCCAGCAAACCCAGGCCGGUGUCCACCAACCCCAACCGACCCACCUCUACCUCCUUUAAGACUCCGAAUAAAACCGGACAAACCACCAAGCCGGUAGUCCAGCCGUUUAAACCAGCCCCUUCGCUUGACCCCGGAGACCCCAGCAAACCCACCACCCCUGUUCCAGCAGAGAGGCAGAAACCUGCCGCGUCGAGCUUGGCCUAUUCCAAGAGCCUUAGGAAACUCCCAGCAGCACCAGCAGCAGCAGAGUGGUCCGGAACCACUAGAAAGGAGGACGAGAAGGACCAGCUGACAUCCAGCAAAGGUGGGCCGUCCAUCACCAGAGCCAAGUCCAUGGGUUUCCUCGCUCAGGUGGGGCAGGACGAAGAAGAAAAGGCUAAACCAGUGGCAGCAGUGCCGAUGCGACCCCACCCCAGAGGCUCCAGGCCCAGACCCGUAUCGGCCAUUUUCAUCGACAGUCCUACAAAAGCGGAGCCACCGGUUCCCGCCCCUCGCUGGGUCGGGAGGAGACCUCUGUCAGCGGAUCUCACGUCCAGAUUUGAGUCUAUCGGUCUUUCCCUGCACCGUAAAACCCCCACGGACACGAAGGAGAACACUCCGGAGAGCGCUCCACAGAAGAAAGAGCCGGAGAAAACCGCUACCAGCUCCACGCCGCAGAGCACCGAAGGCGAGGCGAAGCCCGCCGCCUCAGACCAAAGCAACAAAAAGACAGAAGAGGUGAAAGAGACGGAGGAGGAGAAGCGUGCGGUGAGCAUCAAGUCACGAAUCAGUCUCCUCCUCGACUCGUCCUCCUCUCCUGGGGCAGGUACCACGGGUCAAGGGUCGGACCUCUCUCCGGUGCAACCAGUCCCUGAAACAGAACCAGCGGUUGGUGUGAAACAGCUCAUCAAACAGCUGACAGAGGACACGACACCAGCUCCGAGCCCCGUCCCGAAACCUCCGCCGAAGCCCCGCCCCUUGCCCCUCGACCUGACUAAAAGGUUUUCAUCCGAGAGGUCGCCAGACUUUGGCAGCGAGGCCACAGACCGCCAUGACAUCAGCAAAGAUCCUCAGAGGAGGAUCGAAGACUCACCUUUCUCCCCCAGUGACCAGAGGACGUUUGUGGAUUUUAAAGAUUCCCAAGAGCAGCUCAAAAAGGCCUCCACGCCGGAAGGACCCGAGGCGGGACAGACGUUUGGCGCCACUUCCAAGGACAGUGCUCCCGGUGGGGACGUGCAGACAGUGAGAGCAGCCUUGUUUGAAAAUGUCGUGGAGAAACGCAGUGUGAUGAUGGUGGACGAUGGAAAGCCUGUAAGCAAGGCCAAGGAUUCGCUCAGCAGCCCGUCAUUCAAGAGAGAAAGUGGCGAGGAUGAGGGAACUCUGGUCACCGCCACCUACAAAGAGCCUGCAUCUCCAUCAGGUCCUCUGCGGGUGUUGCACGCCUUCGACACUGUGCAGGCGGUGGAGGAGAACAGGGCGGUGAGUGAGAACAUCCCGUCAGCUCAGUGGGAGGAUAAGGCCAUGACGCUACGCUCCAGGCGCUCAGAGGGGAGCCGGGCCGGUGCGGCUCAAAGCGAACCAGCGAUGCCGGCUCAGCAGCCGCGGUAUCUGAGAGUCGGAGCCCUGCAGAAGUGGAACACCCCGGGUCUCGAACAGGAGGCCGGUGCGGAGAAAGGGAUGCUAAAGGAUCCACGAAGGGAAGAACAAGUGGCUUUGGACAAAGACAGACAGAGAGAGGCAGAACAGGAGGACGUGGCUGCAUCUCCGAAACGUUUGAAAAUGCUGCAGGCAGAGGAGCAGCCGAAGCCCAGGGCAACCUACUUUGCUUUGACGGGUCAAAUGCAGGAUCCGUUUUCUCCUGUAGAUGCAGGAGCGAGCACCGGGGACAUGUCGGCGCCGUUCGAUGAUUUCUCUAUGAGGUCUGCACCGGGAAGCUCUCAAGGGAAGGUUCUUCCAGCGAGGAGGAAUCCAUCGUUAGAAGAAGCUUUUGGGAAAACCGCUCAAGAUCAAGUUGAGGAGCUGAUGAUAAGGAGUCACGUGUCACAAGGGGACAUCAGAUCGGCAGAAGAGACAGAAAGAUACAAAGCAAAGCUUAAAGAGCUCGAGAGGGAAAGACAGAGACAGCUGGAGAUGGAGAAAGAAGCACAUUUAGAAUUUGAGCGAAUGAAGGAGAUGGAGAAACAAAGACAGUUUGAAAGGCAAAGACAGAAAGCCUACGAAGAGGAGAAACAACGUGCACUGGAAAGGCAGAAAGAAUUAGAGAGGCAGGAAAGAGAAAGGCAAUGGCAACAAAUGGAGAGACAGAAAAAGAUUGAAAGGGAGAGACAGAGAGAGCUGGAGAGACAGAGAGAGCUGGAGAGACAGAGAGAGCUGGACAAGGAGAGAAGGCUGCUGGAGCUUCAAAGGGAGAAACAGAAAAUGGAGGAGCUGGAGAGAAUCAAAGAGCUGGACAGACUACAGCUCUUAGAGUCUCAAAAACAGAAGCAGAAAGAGAAAGAGAGACAACAGGAGAUGGAGAGACAGGAAUCAGAAAAGCAGAGACUCCGAGAGAAGAAGGAGCGAGAAGAGGCAGAGAAGAUCAAACAGAUGGCGUUAGAGCAGGAAAUGUUAAGACUGAGAGAGCUUGAAAAAGAAAGAGAAAGACAACGGGAGAUGGAGAAGGAGCGUCUGAAAGAGAUGGAAAGGCAAAAGCAGAAGGAGCUGGAGAGACAGAGACAAAGGGAUUUAGAGAGAGAGCGACAGAGACAGCUGGAUAUCGAGAGACAGGAGUUGGAAAACCAGAGGCUGAGACGAGAACAGGAGACGGAGAGACUCAGGGAGAUCGAGAGAAGACAGCUCCUGGAGUUCGAGAGGCAGCAAAUCUUGGAGCUGGAGAAACGCAGACUGAGGGAGAAGAUGGAACGGGAGGAGGCCGAUAAAAUGAGACACAUCGCCAAACAGCAGGAAGCAGAGAGGCAGCGACUGAAGGAGAAGCAGAAGAAAGAGGAGCAGGAGAGGGCGAGGUCGGAGCAGGAGAGGACGAGGUCGGAGCAGGAGAGGGCGAGGUCGGAGCUGUCUCCUCUCAGGCCCAAAGGGAUGGAUCUGGACUCUCUGCUCUGGAGCGACCCGUUUUCAAAGGCGGCUCCUCAGCGCAGCGACCCUGCGACGCGAUGGAAGGAGCCGUCUCCGAGAGCAGACGAGUCCUACAAAUCCAGCAUCUUCGACAUAGACUCUUUCACGUCUCCGGCUCAGCUCUCCCCCAGUAAAGACUUGUUCUCUGUGUCCGGUAUUCAGAGCGUGGACGCUGGCUUUGGACCGAGAUUACAGCCCGAGAGAGACGUUAGCUGGAAGGCACCGCCACAGACUUCUGGAGGUUUCACGAGCCCAGUAUGGACGACGUCUCCCCAGGACCCGUGGGAGCUGAGGCCUGUCGAGGCGCCUGCCGAACCCAGAAAACCAGCCAGCAAACCCGGCCCGGAGCACCUCCUCCUCAGGCAGGAGGAGCGGCUCGCGGCUCCACAGAGGCACCGGUCCACCGUGCUGGACGAGCUGCUUCUUCUUGCCGAGACCAAACCUGGAGGCGCUCCAGGUGUUUCUUCUGCAGAACAGAUCUGGAUCCCCAGAGAGACACAGCCUCAAGACGUCCGGAGCCACAGGAGAUCACAGGGAUCUCAGGAGCUGAACAGGAUGCGGUCUCGCAGCGUUUCCCGCCGAUCGGCCCCUUCGAGCAGCGCCGUGGAGGGAAGCCUGUCCAGGAUGAGGAGUCGCAGCGCCCACAGGGAGCAGGACCGCCACAGCUGGGUGCAGCAGAAGCAGAGUAACGGUGGUGAAGAGGACGGGAGAGAUGCGGAGACUCCGGUCCGUGAGACUGACAGUCAGUAUGGGACCUGGGAGACGGGACUGCGCACUGACGACAGCCUCACUCCCGCCACUCCCAGCUCCGACAGCAAUCUGAGCCCUUCACCACGGAAGCCCACGCCCCCUCACAUGCCAGGCGAUCACGCCUCGCAGUUCGAUACCGACACCCUGGACGGCCUCCCGCCGUCGUCCGACAGCCAGCCGCUCUCCUUCCCCGAUGCCCCCGCCGUCCUGUUGGACACCAGCGCUCUUCGCUCCAGAGCCCAGCUGGGGAAGAAGCGAGCCCCGCGGACACGGCCCUCCAGAGCGGCCCGCCAGAGCGCCGCGCUGGGAGAGGGAGAGGGAGGAACCAACGAGGACUGGCUUUACCGAGACUCCACAGACGCGAAGGUGGAGAGUAAAGACGAUGAGUCCGACUCCGAGGAGCCGACCAGAGGAGCCGACGCCGGCCCCGCUGUCUCCUCUCAGCCGCAGAGGGUCGCCCUGUUCCCGGGGAUGGACCCUUCGGCUUUAAAGGCUCAGCUGAAGAAGAGGGCCGACUCUGACAAUCAAGUGGACGGACCUGCUCCCUCUCCGUCGCAGCUCUCUCGCUCUCCCAAGUCCCCGUUCCUCCCCAGGGCAGCUCGCGUACUGCCCCCUCCUGGUGGGAAAGAGAACGGUGAGGAAGACUCCCCCCAGUGGCUGAAAGAGCUGAAGAACAAGAAGCGCUUGAGUCAGUAUGAACAAGAGAGCUAAAGUAAAUAAUGAGGUUGCCUUAACAGAUGAGUCUCUAUGAAACAGAAGCCUUAACGUUGACCCAGAGCGGAGGAGAGGAGGAUCUACAGCUGCUGAUGUUUUCUUUUCUAUUCGUCUUUUUUUUUGUUCUCUUCCCAUCUGGGUUGAUAAAUGUGCAUGGUGCCUUUUUUUUACGGAGAGAGUCUCUAUCUUAAAACAAGCGAGGAGGGGGAAAAAAAACCCAUCCCAUCAGGCCUUGCUCUGCUUUAUUCAUUUCACGCUGGAGGAAGCUCCUCUGGACUUUAACGGGGACCAGGAGAGGAAGCGGAGGAAAAGGGGGAAUUACUUCCUGUCGGGCCGCAUUCCAGGAAACUUGUGGGACCACUCUUCAUCGCGGACGAUCGACGGCGUGUUAUCGACCAGCGGCGCGACGGCGUAGGACGACAUUUCAGACACUAAUGAACUCGAAUGUAGAGAACAAAUCACUGCUGACUCGAUUGUCUGUGAGCCUGAAUCAUGUUUAGUAAUCAGAAGUUAUAUUUGUAUUGUCGUUGAUUUAACAGAGAGCUAGUUUUUGAAAAGGUGCAUCACUACAAUAGAGCCUUUUCCUUUGAUACACUCCGCCACCCUAACAGUGUCACAGUGUCUGCACACGAGGGCUGCACCCGACCCCAUUGUGUCAGUCCAAUCUGUCUUCAGUUGAGCGACACACUACAGUCCGAUAUCAGCGGUUCCUCUGGUGGAAACGCGGCUACAUGAGUCUCAUGUUUCAGCCUACACCACAUUUUAAAGUAACUUAAACUACACAAAACCUUCCUGCACUGUCUUCCUGAGGCCCCUGUAAAGCGACAGUGAACAUACUGGUAUCAUAUGAGACUAGAUGACCUCACGCAUCCAUUGCUACCAAACCUGUUAUGCAAGCGUGUCGAGAAGAAGGCGAAAUAACGCUCCAAAGUUUGACUGACUGCCAUUUUCAAAGGAAUCCAUCUGACCUUUGACCUCAAGAUAUCUGAAUGGGCUCUCCAUGCACACAGGAUCUGCGUAUCCAGAAGUAAACAGUAUA